UCACAACAUUACUGAUCUCGUUGGCAAAUAAUACAAUAAAACAAUCAGAGAGGAUCCAACGCAAAGCACAGAAUUCGUGUUUGUACAAACGUUGUUUUGUCUGUAAAGAACAAUGUUUUCAAAGGGUGGAAAAACAGAAGUAAAGACAGUCGGCAAUUGUGCAUAACACGUUUAUAACUUAGGAACAGGAACUAGCCAAGGUAGCGAUUGUUACAGAGAAAUUGUUAAUUACAGUUAUCAAGUCUUGGUUAUCUUUGAAAUUCGCAAGUGGGUUAUACAUUUACAUAUCAUAGCUUUCCGAAUUACGCACAAAGAUAAACACAUCUUUCGCACUUUUAAUAUGCGGAAAAUUCACUUUAACCGAGAAGUUUUUUAAUUGCAGGUUAACCGAUGAUUGAAGGACAACCAAUUGAAACUUGUCAGUAGUUAGAAGUUGUUGAAGAGCGACGUCCUACUCAAUCAAAGGAAGCAUCUUUACAAGUAUACCAAUGUUGCAUUUAUUGCAAUAAUUUUACGGGUCAAAUCAGCUGGCUUGGACCCGAAAGCUAGCCAACCACAACAACACAAGCUGCAAAAUGGAGUGAUUUUGUCAUCUUACAACUGCGAACGUUAGAACCCCAUCAUGGGUGAGAAGAACUUUACUAUGUCCCCUACGAGUGCGAGUGGCAACUUCAUCGAGCCAGCUUAUAUGCGCUGGACACUUCGCUUGAUAUUUAUCGUUGUGUUCAUUGUAGGAAUCAUCGGUAACUCUGUGGUUUGUGUGGCUGUGAUCCGUCGUAAGCGGAUGCGGACGAGCAAUAACAUUUUCACUUUUAAUCUGGCUCUUUGCGACUUACUAAACGUAGUGAUCUUUUUACCGACGCAAAUGGCUGCGUUUGAAAACAACCAUAACUGGGCUACAGGAAAUUUCAUGUGUCAUUUCACCUACAUUCUGGUUCCUCUCUGCUUGUCAGCCUCAAUCGGGACACUCCUCGCCAUAACAAGCGAUCGAUACAGAGCAAUUGCUUAUCCUAUGAAACCCCGAUUAAGCGGUAGAAAAGUCAAAAUCACCCUGGCUGUAAUUUGGAUCACCUCUUUUGUGAUCUGUUCUCCACUUCUAUAUGUGGCUGGGAUAGUAAGACCUAAGCCUGGUAAAGUUUAUUGCGAUGAGAAAUGGCCAGAUCCUCUUUAUUUUGAGCUCUAUUGGAAUUUCAUUUUUGUGAUUCAAUACAUCUUACCUCUGGCCAUUAUUGUAGUGUUAGCAGUGCUAAUCGCGGUUAAGAUUCGUAAGAACAACACAAUGAAAAUGCUUCCUAAAAGCUCUCAGGUAAUAGCAGCUGCAGUCAGGCAGAGAAUGAAACAGACUUCAAAAAUUACCAACAUGCUAGUCGCUCUGGUGAUACUCUACGCAAUCUGUAUGCUUCCUCAACAUUUUGUGUUCUUGUGGUCUAAAUACGGUGACUUAUUCAACUCCAAGUACUUUGUUUACGUUCUGCGAUUUUCAAACGUUUUCCCAAUGGCAAAUAGCGCACUCAAUCCUAUCGCUUACGGAACACUGAAUAAAGAGUUUAAGAAAGUCUUUAAAAGCUUCUUUCGCUGUGAGUGCGGGCAAAAGACGAAUGCGGAUGUUUAUAAAACAAAUCCUAAGGCAAUGAACGAAAUCCGUGGUGGUAAGUUCAGAUUAGCAGUGUAUAAACACGCCAAUGGCGAUGGAAAGGCUGGUGGCGAUGUGGAGAGUGGGAGCCGACUAACUCCUGCUUCCACUACCUCUUCGGCGACAAAUAAAAAACUUCAAAGGAGAAGUGAAGAUGGUGGAAGAGAAUUUAAAAGGACACCCAUUUCUAAUAGUUAUACCACAACUUUGUCCAUAUGUGAUCAAAAUUCGAAUGAAAACGAAGACGAAAGACAAAGUCUUUUACAAAGAGAAACAAAAGAGGACUGUUCAAACAUGUCACGUUCACGACCACCCCCAACUUACAUAAAACAGAAAGAAGAAGAAGAGCAAUUGUUGAUAGAUAGCGGGAGGGGAUCUGAAUUUGUCAGAAAUGAACAUGUGUUUCCCAACGAUUCUGAAGACAUGAACAUGCAAACAGACAAAAUUGCUGCAGAGGCCAAUAUAAGUCGUCCUGAUGCUAAUGUGUGUGCGGGUUGCGCGUUCGACCCGAAGAAACUACAUCCAAAGGAAAACUUAGAGACUCAGUUGUUGACACUUAACGACGUCGAAAAUGACUCAUUUAUGGACUGCUGGGUUGAAGUGAACAAAAUAGACCAAAAGCUUCUCGCCUAUAUAAGCUCUUUACAAGAAACUGAUCUUUAGAACACUGUAUCCAGAUAUAAUUUCGGUUUCUCUCCCAAUUUUGUUUCUCUUAUUAAAAUACAUUUCAAGUUUGCUCCGAUAGUGGAAACUAAUAACAGGUUUAGGCUUGUGUAAACAAAGAGCACCAAAUCUUCGCUACUAUUGACUGAAAAACGCGAAGGGUCACUUUUGAAUUGUAAAUAAAUUAAACUUUUCAUAAUCAAGCUCAACACAAAAGAGAUCCGAAAAAGGAGCACGCGAAUAGAAAAGAUUCUCUGUUCAAUCAUUUAUAUUUGUUUAACACGGAAUGCAAAUCCAGAAACGAA